AUGAACGCCGCCACCGCUCUCCGGGCCCGUAUGGCCACCUCCUUCGUUGCCCGCCGUGGCUUUUCCACCACCCGUGCCCAGCUCGGCAGCCCGUACCACUACGCCGAGGGCCCUCGCUCCAACAUUCCCUUCAACCCCAACACCAAGUACUUCUUCUUCAGAUACUGGGCGUUCAUGAUCACCGGAUUCGGUGCUCCCUUCGGCAUUGCUGUCUGGCAGACCUACAAGACCCGGUAA